CCUCACCUUUUACCGACUGGAUGCGAGGAUGAAAAUCACACAGUACUGAGCUUGUCGAAAGUAAUCUAUAUUCAUUUGAACGAAAGACUUUUUCUACGAAAAGAAUUGACCUUAUUCCAUACAACUAGUUGACAAUGGCGAGAGUGACAUCAAAAGCGUUGUUGCUCGUUGCUUUGCUCGGCAGCUUGCAAACAGCUGCCUCUAUCCAUCGAGCCGGAGGGGUCAGAGAACUUUCUUUCCAGCAUCCUAUUGAGCCUCACCUUCCUCAUCAAGGUGUCUCCAAGGGUACUGGCAGCAGUUUGCCAGUCAACAAGAGUGGGAAAAGUGCAAGGGAUGACAGCGGUGAUAGCCCAUAUUACUACGAAUACCAAAAGCACGGGAAAAAGGAAAAGAAAGGAAAAUCCUCCAAAUCGGGAAAAAAAGAAAAACACUACUACAAACAUAACAAAUACGAAGUUGAGAUGGAAGUUGUCGUGGACUAUUCGAAAAGCACGAAAGGCGUUCCAAAAUUUGAAUUUAUUGAAAUUGGACACAAGUCUUGGAAGAGUUCAAAGGACUCUAAAUCCGGAGGCGCAGGCAACGAAGGAGAUGGAACUAUGUAUGCAAAGGAUGCAAAGAGCUCAAAGGAUGGCAAAAAACCUAAAUCGUAUGGUAGCAACGGAAACACCAACAAACAAACAAGUAAGUCAUGACAAAAGGCUGGAUGAUUUAUCACUCUCUACCAUUUACUCGGACACUGACAAUCUUUCUCUUUCUUUCCGUAAAUUUGAAUUAUAGAGGCACCUAGUACCGUUUCAUCUUAUCCGGUUGCACCAACGUCAUCAGCUGCGCCGUAUUCGUCUCCUUCCACCCCCGUUCCUACAAUGCUUGGAUCAUUCGGUGUGAAAAUCCCGGAAUAUUCUCUUGCUUACAAUCUUUUGACUACACUCGAGCCUACAAACAAAGAAUUAAGUGAGCUGGAGGUUGCCACCACUUCGUAUCUCGAUGAUUUUUUCGUGGACGAAUUUGACAAAGAUGAUUUCACUGUUUUUGAAGUAUUCACCACGGAAAUUGUCGACAGUAGUACACAGGGCAAAGUGGUUGUCGUAAGUUUCGGUAAAUCGGUUGCAAGAUUUGACGGACUCUCGUUAAUUGCACCUACCUCUGAACAAUUGGAUUCUGCAGUAGUUGAAGCCUUCACGGGGUUGCACAUGAUCCAAUACGAAGAUUGGUUGAAACAGAUGCUGCCGUCGAACAAUAUCUUCAUCGGUUCCAAAGUUCAAUAUCUUCAAGAUGACGAAGGCAUAGCGGACAAGGCUCGUCGUGGUAUCGGUGCGACGGGAAUUGCCGCUUCAGCUGUGGCAUUCACGCUUCUUGUUGCCKGAGCUGUUCUCUACAAAUCUAAAUCAGGUGACAGAGAAGGCCAAACAGACAAACUGAACAAGGCUUCUGGUGAUAUGACUGUAGCUGGCGAGACGUUUGCAGGAGAGACAUACGAUGGCACAUUUGCGGGUGAUACAUACGACGGUACAGCUUCGGUUUCUGCUGCGUCAAUUGACUAUGUAAGAAGAUUUGAUGGUGAUGAAGAAGAUGGAAUGAAGAAAGAUAAUCUUGGUGCAAUUCCUGAGAAGCCAUGGGGCGAUGAUGACAGCGACGGUGAAAAUGGAGAACCAUAUUCUGGCGGCGGUAUUCCUGCCAACAAAACAGGAACUGCUUUCAGAAAGGGAGUUACUUCUGCUCCAAGAACUGCCUCGUUUGAAGACGUAGCUUUGCAGGCACCAGCAUAUGGCAGUGGAUUUCGGCACAAUAUCAUGCCGGAUCCUUCGUCUUCAGAGGAUGAUCAGUCUCAAAUGAGCGACUCUGAACUUUCACAGUUUGUAGCCUCAACGAGACAAGUCGGGACCCAUAUUUCAGGGGAUAAUACUCUAGAAAUUAAGUCCCUCCUAUCAAUGGACUCCAUGGAUGACCACUCUUCUAGUGGCCUUUCUGUACGGGAUAACUCUUCGAGAAGACUACGAACAGUUGCGGAGAUUGAGGCCUUGCUAUCUUCAGAACUCAAUGACGAUAACGGAGCUUCGAAUACGGACGGCAAAGAACCAGAAACGAGUCGACCUCGAACAGUAGAAGAAAUCGAGUCACUCCUGACUGCUGAUGACGAUGAGAGCAUAGUCGAAUCGCCAUUUUCAGACGAAGAUGAAAGCAUUGUUGAGUGAAAUUAACUCACCGGAUGCAAUGUUCUUCUGUCUGUCAGCUUGACACAAGGUCUCUACUACACAAACUAUGGACGUAUUCAAUUUGAUAAUAAAUGUAUAUCUGUAUU